CUGCGCGGGGGGGGGGAGGCGGGCUAUAUCAGCUUGCCACCGCCAGUUUUGCGAGGAUGGCCGUGGUCGUGACUGUUCAUGGCGGCGGCGGCGCCACGUCCGCCUCCAUGAACGUCCCCGUCGGCUCACCCUCCACCAGCCUGCUCCGAGUAGGCCCGCAGCUACGCCUUCCAGCAUUUGCUAUGGUGGACCUGGCAGGCACGUCCUGCUCUUCUUCUCAGGCUUGGAUAGGUAGGGGCUUCUGUCGCCGGCCCUCCUCCAUUGGAUCCUCGUCUUCUUCCUCUUCCUCUUCUACCUCUUCUUCUUCUUCUUCUUCUUCUUCUUCUUCUUCUUCUCCUUCUUCUUUUUCUUCUUCUGCUUCUUCGUUUAUCCAUUCAUCGUCCUAUUCCCCUCCUCCGCUUAUUCAUCGUCAUCAUCACCACCAACAUCAGAAUCAUUUUCAUCACAGUGCUGGUCGGAAUAGCGUUUCCUCCUCGCAGCAAAUCAAGUCUGCUAUCGAUGCGAGGGCAACGGCGGCAGCGCCAGAACACGUGGCAAUUGCGUCCAUCGUGGACCUGGGAGAAUGCCACGCGGCAGAUGAUCUGCGGGUAUCGGGCGGGAGCGAUGUUGAAAGCGCUCGCGGUGGCGGAAAUGCAGCCCGCGGAACGAGCGCAGCGACUGGGACGGCGAAGCCGCACGUCGUGGUCACACGGCCACUGGAGCUGAAUUUCGUCGCCAGAGUGGACAGCGGAAACGCAGCAGCUGUAGAAGGAGGUAAAACGAGGGAUCGGGGCGGAAGUGCGAGUGGGAGGCAGAUGGAAAAUACGAAGAGGAAGAUAGUUUCUUGUCGUGGGAAAGGCAAUGGAUCCACUGGUAUUGCGAGGCCGACAAGCGGAGGUGGAGGACCGGCGAGUGCCAGAGAAAAUCCUGGCUUUGCUCCCGUCGACGCCUUACCUUCUUCGCCUCCAUCUCCAUCGCGCCUGUCCCGUGCGCGCCAUUCUGCGACCGCUUCGGGCAAUCAUGAAUUCGACAGUGACUGGCCGGUCGACCGGUUGGUUAACCCGGUCCCAGCAGCACGGUUGUCGUCGUGUAGUGUUGUCCCUCUGCUUGGUCUGGAGAUGAAGACGGAAGCUCAGGAGCCAGCUAUGGCAGCGCCAAGGGUAGAAGCUCCAGCCUCUGCACCUUUUUCUACCGAUCCCGGGGAGGAGCAAACGGGAGAAGCAGAGGAAUCCCGGGGUCGCACUAUCGGGAUGGAUACGACCGCGUCUGUGUCGGUCAUUGCCAAUGGCAGCGUCGGAGGCUACUUGUCGAGGGGGACAUCAUCAUCAUCAUCAACUUCAACGUCGACGUCGUCGAUGGAGGAGAACGAAGAAGGUGGAAGUAACAAUGAGAGAAGGAAAGGUGGAGGUCGGCGAUGGACUGGCCCGAAGCGAAUGAAGAAAAGGGAGCCUUUGCCACCGUGGUCGCCGGAGUACUGCCGAAGGAAGGAGGAGGAGAUGUUGAAGUCGAUUCUGGAUAUGAGUGCCGGUGGUGACGAUGAAAAUGGAGAUGGAGGUGAUUAUGUGCGAAGACGGAAACGUCACGUUGACAGCGUGCUGAACGCUUGGCUCGGCAAAAUCACGCGUGUGGAGUUGAUCAAUGUCGCCAGGGAGCUUGGUCGAUUACGUUGCGCUGAUUACUCUCUGGAUAUCUUCUCCUGGAUGACGGCUCAGAAAGGACGUUUAAAACCAAACGCGCACGCGUAUGUGUCCAUGAUCUCGCUCCUCGGUCGCUCGGCGAUGGUGGAAAAGGCACAGCAAUUGUUCGACGAGAUGGAGGACAAGGGUGUCGAGAGGACAACGCACGCGUAUAACGCUAUGAUCGGUGCGCUGAUCGAAGGGGGGAGAGAGAAGGACGCAUGGGCGCUGUUCCUAAGGAUGCGCAGAGAAGCGAAGCAAGCGCAAGGCGACAGCAGGGGGGCAGGUAUUCGCGCUGCUGUUGCCGAUAUGAAUGCGGAAUGCGAUGCCGCAAACGAAUCGGUUGCGUCCUACCUUAGCGCUAAAGCGGAGGGGAAUGCUGGUAAGAGUGUCGGUACUGAUGUCGAGAGCAGCAGCAGUGAUGAGCUUAACCGAGUGGAACCCGAUGCCAAGCGGAGGGGAUACAAAUGCGCUCCUGACUGUGUCACGUAUAACUCCAUUCUGAAGUAUUGUGCCAACAUCAGGAGUCGUAGCGAAAGACGGGACCUUAAAAGUGCGGGUGGAUCGACUCGAAUCGGAAGCGGGAAGGGUCAUUAUAGUAAAGCGCGCGAUGAGGACAGGGCUUAUGGUGCGCUGUGGGCAAUUGAUCUUCUGCAGGGCAUGAUUGAGGACGGCGUGGAACCGAACCUCAUCACAUACAACACCGUCAUCAGCGCCUGCAGACAUCAUGGCCUUUAUCAGAAAGCGAUGGAGAUCUUCCGCAAAAUGGAGGAGAAGGGAAUUCGCGCAGACGUGAUCACUUACAAUUGCCUGAUUGAUGUGUGCGCCAAGGCCAAGCUGUGUGACAAAGCGAGCGACUUGUUCAAGUCGAUGAAAUCGGCGGGAGUAGGGCCGAACCUGAUGACCUACACGGGGCUGAUUGGCGCGUACGGAAGCGCGGGAAGGCCUGAGGACGCACAGCGUGUCUUCGAUGAACUCGUACGGGUUGCUUCGUCUCCUUCUGCCUCUCCUCCUCCUCCUCCUCCUCCUCCUCCUCCUCCUCUCGCUGUUGGAGAUAUGGUGGAGUCUUCUCGUACUACUCCUCCCCUUCCGUCUCCUAGCGGUCGGGGCAUGGCGGAAUCUCGCGCUACGGUAGUUAAGCCUCCUGACGUUUUUACAUGGACGAUGAUGGUGGAUGCCUACGGGCGAGCGGGAAUGGCAGAGAAAGCGGCGCACAUGUUUGAAGAGAUGCGCGCCAGUGGCAUCCGGCCGAGCCUGCUGACAUGGACCGCGUUGAUGAGGGCACACGGACUCGUUGGGGAUUGUGAUGAGGCUACGCGCGUGUUCAACGAGAUGCAGCGGGCGGGAGAAACCGUUGACAUCACCGGAAUCAACGUUUUGCUUGACGUGUACGGUAAGAACGGCCGCUGGAGGCAGGCUGCUGUGGUGUACAACGCCGUCUGGAGCAGGUCGCAUGCCAUGCGGACUGACAGCAGCUUUUCUAACGGGGACCUAAAUCAUCCAAACGGAACUUUGAGACGGACGGCUUCAGGUGCAACGUCUAUUGCGGAGACCGGACACUUGUCUUCAUCAUCGGCUUUAUCGACGUCGUCAGCGACGUGCGGAAGCACAUCGGUGGUGCUCACGAUGGGAAUGAAUCCGCCGCCGUCAGAUUGCCGUGUGGAAUCUGUGGAUGGUGCUGCGGCAUUGCCAAUGGGAGAUGUAGUACGAAGGCAGGCGACCAGAAGAGCUGGAGAAGCGAUGGCGAUCGACAGAGAAGACGAGGUGACGACCAAUGGCAAUCACGAACGUCGUGGCCAUGGACAAGUGUCUCAAGUAGUCUCUGUUCUCCCAUCGCCAGUCUCGUCCGCCGACGACAGGGAACGUCCUUCUUCUUCUUCUUCUUCUUCCUCUCUCUCUUCCUCAUCUCGUUCCACGUCACGCGAUGGAUCCCCGUCGGAGAGCCCGUUAUCUCCUUGCCGCGGAAGUAGGCUGGUGGCCGGUGAUGAAUCUGAGGAAACGUGUUCUGCCAGACCGAUCGCUCAGCCGCCGGCCUCCGAGCAAUGCGGACCUGGCAGGAACGACGGUUUUCCCUCAGAGCAGGAUGCCAUGAUUGCCGACCAUAGCCGCGGCCACGGCAGUCCUGUUGCAGCAGCUGCAGCUGCACGCAGCAGCAGCAGCAGUAGCAGUCUUUAUAGCAGCUACUCGUCGGGACACUUGGCAGCAGAUGAGGUGAAGCAGUCGGCUAUGGCGGCUGAGGCAUCAGCAACAGCGGCAGCAGUGCCCGAAGGAAAAGAAGAAGAAGAAGACGAAGAAGAAGAUAGGGAUGUUAAAGAUGCGUCCAUAAUGCAUAGACGUCCGCAGUCUUCGGAACAGCAGCGGAUUGGUAGCGAAGAGCACAGCUUGUGUUCCUCCAGGUUGAUCUCCCAGGUAUCGCCAACCUCCUCGUCGUCUCUCACCACGUUGUCCUCCUCUGCUGCCACGGAAUCACGCUGUCCGUCCGGGAAUUCAUUCGCACCAGAGGCUGGCGUUGCUAGACCCGCACUUUCCUCAUGGAAAGUCAAGCCGCUGUUUGGUCGAGUGGCUGCGCGUCCGAAUGUCGCAACUUUCAACACGAUGAUCAAUACUUUUCAUCGAGCCGGAAGAUUAGAGGAAGCCCUGCACGUAGAGAAACAGAUGGCGGUUUGUGGUUGCCAGCCCGACCAUAUCACAUUGGCGUUGCUGGCGCGGACGCUAGAUGACAUGGGAUUGCAUCGCCGAGCAGAUGAACUGAGGAAGAGUGUGAAGAAGGGCAGAAGGAGAUGACGAGGAUCUGCAUUGUGAGAUUGGCAAAGCCCUUGCGAGGAGGGCAACAACGACGAGGAUCAGCAGUAGCCGUAUGCACCUGGUGCGCGCGCGCAAGAGAGAGAGAGACGGAGAGACAGACACACAGAGAGAGAGAGAGAGAGAGAGAGAGAGAGAGAGAGAGAGAGAGAGAGAGAGAGAGAGAGAGAGAGAGAGAGANGAGAGAGAGAGAGAGAGAGAGAGAGAGAGAGAGAGGAUAUAUCCCUGAGUCUUGACUCAACAGAGCUGUGUAGGAGCACUGCUGAACGGAAGUCUUAACCAAAAUUUUCACGAACCUUAACGAUCUAUCAUCUCCUUUUUAAUCCUGCGGCUCGGACCGGCAGUGCUAGACGUCUCUGCAGCGAGGAAAAGGAAUAGUCGGUUCGGACGAUGCUUCGUGAUAGCGAUACCGACUUAGAGUCGUCAGUUAGGCUCUUAAUCAAUCGGUCGAUUUGUUUGACUUGAUUGGAUUUUCAAUUGAUUAUUUGAAAAGUGGACUCGGGCAAGUCUUCUGCUUUCGCUGCAGUAUGGUGUUUCCAACGACUACGUAGGACUAAUGGUCUGUCUCGGUAUGGUUCUGUGUUCCGCUCUUCAAGUGGAAGCACUGAUGCAUUGAUUGUCAUGACAGCAGACGGAUCAUCUGGGCAGACUGUCCUCUAGUGGACUCAUCUUGUCGAUUGUCGAUCUCUGGACCGUUAGGUUCUGUUGCCGUUAAUGCAAAGCCCGUCCCUGGGUUCUGCAGUCGCCGUAAGGGUGUGUGAUCAUAUGGUUCGAGUCCUGAACAGCUUCUGUGACUGUCAAGGAGAAUUCUGGGUUGGUGGGUAGACCGGAGGCUGCCUGCUAUGUGUGUGUGUGUGUGUGUGUGUGUGUGUGUGUGUGUGUGUGUGUGUGUGUAUUUUAAGAGGUGCUACUAUUGUACAGGAUGUAAUUAAAAUUCUUGAAGUCUUCUUCUUAACCAGGCCUGCGUCCGUGCUAUUCUUUGUCGUUAGUGAAUUGCACCUACUUCGAGUACGAAGCGAGCAUACGAUUAUGUGUUGAGUUCGUUCUGUCUGUUGAUCUUCCUUCAAGGACCGAUUGCUCUUUUCCGCAUGCUUCUGAAUAAGAUUCGUUGAAAUAAGUUUUUCCAUUUCCCUUUCUAGACAUGGAUAUCUUUCAUAAUAAUUGCUUUCCCAACUUCGAAUAUGAUGUCGACUCUCAGACGCCAUGGCAGACUUCAGGAGGAUGUCUGUCAGGCGCUUUGUAAAUGUGUUUUUUUUUAACUAUAUCACGUAUACAGGGCCACAGACACACGCGCAGAAAUGAUGUGAUAUACAGAGGCACGCUGCCACACAGAAAACGAGAGAGAGAGAGAGAGAGAGAGAGAGAGAGAGAGAGAGAGAGAGAGAGAGAGAGAGAGAGAGAGAGAGAGAGAGAGAGAGAGAGAGAGAUGGAAAUGAUUUUUUUGUCAUUGUUGCCUCCGUGAAGUAAGACCUCACUACGUUGCUGGCAAAGGAUUUUGGAUUUUGGCCUGGCAUACCCAGGAGAUGCACCUUCAUCUCGACAGAUAACUCAGAGUCUGCUUUGAUGGAGAAGAUGACGCUCUGGCUUGACUGCAGCAAACUUAGGAGCAAUGAGGUGGUUCUGCCAAGGGUAGACUGAAAUUGCAUUGUCAGAAGUGGACCAAUUUAUUGGUAUAGUACUAUACUUUGUUGGUCGCUACCUGGCAGAGUAGUGCAGCCAGAUAGAAUUGAAGGAAACAUAUGAUGAUCGAUUGAGAGUUCCCUUACAUGAAUGAAAUUCAAUCCUUUUU